CUAUUUUAUACCAGCUCCACAUACAGAUACAAUCAUAUAAAAGCUAAUGGAAGUUAAUAAAGAAGAAGCACUGCGCUGUUUAAGAAUUGCAAAGAAUCACUAUGGUCUCAAAAACUUCGAAGGAGCAGUUCGCUUAACCAAGAAGUCACUCAGUUUAUAUGAAACCGAUGAAGCAAAGCAGUUUUUAUUGAAAGCAGAAAAGGCUUUGCAAGAGAAUGGACCAUCAUCGUCUUCAGAUUCGUCUACAGGUGAAAGCACAGCGACAAAUACAAGUAGAACAUUUGUAAAAGAGGAGAAAGCUCAGUCAGCAUCGUCCUCAACAACAUCAUCUGCUUCAGCAGGCACAUCUGAUGAGAUCCGCGAAGUCAAAGAGAUUUUAGCAUGUGGAACGGAUUAUUAUCGAGUACUGAAACUACAUAAGAAAUGUACAGAUCUAGCAUUGAAGUUCCAUCCAGAUAAGAAUAAAACACCAGGAGCUGAUGAAGCAUUCAAACUUAUAUCAAAGGCAUUUACAGUAUUGUCUGAUCCGCAAAAGAGAGCAAUCUUUGAUUCUGGAGUUGGAGAUCCCGAGCAACGUUCUUCGGCUAGCGGCUUUAAUCCGGGAGGUGCAACUCGAUUCCGUUUCAAUACACAAAAUGCAUCACCAUUUGGAGAAGAAAUAUCACCGGAAGAUCUAUUCAACAUGUUUUUCAAUGGUGGUUUUGGAGGAGGAGGUUUCCAAUUUGCAACAGCAGGUAGUUCACCAUUCAGUAGCGCAACCUUCAUGGGGCCAGGAUUUAGAACGCGUACUUUCACCACGAAUAACAUGUUUAACCAACAGCAGCAACGAGAAAGAGCAGCAAAUCAGCGACGAACCGGUAGUUGGUCAUCCAUUUUGUUGCAGAUAUUACCACUUCUACUUUUAUUCGGAUAUACAUUACUUUCAAGUAUAUUAAUGGAUGAUACACCGCUUUUCUCUUUCCAGUCGACUUCUGUUCAUACGCAGCCAAGAAUAACCAAAAUGCAUAAUGUACACUACUUUGUUGAACCAGAAACAUUUCAACCUUAUCUGAAAAACAAUUAUAGAUUAUCCAAAAUUGAACAGCAAAUAGAAGUGGAUUGGGUAAAAUCAUUACAACAGUCGUGUUUAUAUGAACGUAAUAAGCAAAGAGAAAUGUUAAACAAAGCGAGUGGAUCACUCCUCGGAUUUCUUAAACGUAAUGGAGAACUAUAUCAACAAGCGGUGAAUAUGGAGUUGCCCAGCUGUAAUGAAUUAAAAAAAUUUGGAUAUUAUAGUUGAAGAGUAAAAGCACUUCAUAUCAGGGCCAAUUCUAAU